ACAGCCAAACUGGACUAAGAUGCUCUCCACUCCAUGCAACGCACACCUUUCUCCUACUACCCCACUACACACUGGAGUUGCUCCACAAAUUGAGCUUGCACCAAACCCUCUUCCACCUCCGUUAAAACCCUACACCACCCAUCGCCAAGCUCCUCACACCAUCAUCGCCAUGGCCUCUUCUUACCUUGCCAUCCUAGUGCUACUCUUGCUGCGGCUCUCCGGCGGCGCCUUCGCCGUCCUCUCCAGCUACAUCGCAAGGACCACCGAGCAGCAGAUCAUCGCCACCGUCGCGCCGGCCGCCUUCGCCGACGCCGAUGACGGCGGCCAGAGCGCAGCGCAGCCUUUCCUCGCGUCCCCCUCCGGGUCGUUCGCCGCGUACCUCCGCCGCGCCGCCGUGGGCGAUGGCGGUAGCGGGGACGUGUGCUACAUCGAGGUCGUCCAGCAGCAGGGGGGCGGUGGCGGGACCAGCAGCGUGUGGGAGUCGGAAUGCACGCCGGUGGGCGGCGCCGAGACCUGCGACCUGGCCUUCUCGCCGGUGGGGCUCGAGCUCUUCGCCGGCGGGCACUCGCUGUGGGACACCGCUGUCGACUCCGACCCCGCGAUGCUCAGCCUCGACGGCGCCGGAGAUAUGAGGAUCGUCAGCAGGGACGGCGUCACGGUGUGGAGGACGAGGGAUGAGCCGUGGACGGGGCGGAGGUGCGGCGCCGCGGCCUUGCCGGUGUCGUCGCCUUCGAUGGAGGACGUGCUCCCGCCGCCGUCGGCGACGUCGACUCUCGCCAGUCCGUGGGGCUCGGGCUUCACUUUCGGAGACCAAACGGCGCCACCAGCAGCUGACACGUCGCCUGACCAGAUGCUGCCGCCGCCACCGCCAGCUGACGACGACGACGAUUCCGCCGACUUGCCCGACCUGCCGCUGCCACCGCCGCCUCCGCUGUCUGACCCGUCAACGGACUGGCCGGACCUUCAGCUGCCUCCACCACCGGCGGACAUGCAACCGACCCCCGAGACGCCGGACCAGCCUCUGUACUCGUCGCCACCACCGGCGGACAUGCACCUGACCCCCGAGACGCCGGACCAGCCUCUGUACUCGUCGCCACCGCCAGCAGUCAGGCACCCGAUCCCCGAGUCGCCGGACCAGCCUCUGCACUCGUCACCACCUCCAGCUCCUCCGACCCCCUUUGUCCCGCCUCAGACGCCAUCGCCGCCCGUCGACACGCCCCCACUCGUGUCAUCUCCCGGCGCGGGCAUCGCCACGCCACCAGCUUCAUCGGACGACGACAACAUGGCAUUCUCGCCACCACCUCACGGCACGCCGCACCCGCACCACCUUCCCCUGGGAAGCUCGCCGCCGACGGCGCCGGGCGCGGUGGCGCCAAUCAGCGGCGGCCAUGGCCCGCUCCCGUUCGGGCAGGGGCAGCAUGGGCAAGGGCAGAGGGUGUUCGGGCAGCAGCAGAACCAGCUGCUGAACGGCGGGGGGCAGCCGCUGGAUCACAGCGCCGGCGGGUGGUCAGUCAGGGGGCGCGGCGGAGCGGCCGCGAGCUUGGCUUUGGCUGCUCUGGUUUUCGCGUAGUUUUUCAUUCUCAUUGGCAAGUUUGUAUCACAUUCACAUCAUAUCGCUCACUUUUGUAAUUUUGUAUUUGCUGGCCGGGUUGGGUUCGUUCAUGGGCUAAGACAUGUCCUUGUUGCUGAAUUAGUUAGGGAUUUCUGGUCAGCAUGGCUGGUUUAUUCAUGUUAUGCUUUGUGUUGAUGUGUUCCAUGUAUCGGCAGUACACUCUCUGGUGUUUUCUAUAUUUUCUUUUAACUAUAUUUUCUUUAUC